AUGGAUCAAGCUCAACAGUUCUGGGAUAAUUUAGACUUUCAAGCAUUUGAAGACAUCUUGGCUCUCCUCAUCUACGGCUUGGUUCUUUUCCCGAAUCCAGAUUCCUUCAUAGAUGAGAAUGCGGUCAAGAUCUUCUUGUCUCGUAAUCUAGUGCCUACUCUCUUGGGUGAUAUUUUACAUGCUCUCUAUACCCGUACUGUGCGAAGAAGGGGGACCCUCAUGUGUUGCACGCCGCUGCUGGCGAGGUGGUUUAUUUCGCACCUCCCCAAGUCUGUAUUGAAGAAUGAGGAAGGUGUAGGUUGGGCUUACAGAAUCAUGUCCCUUGCUCAUACGAAUAUUCUUUGGAGUUCUAAGGAUAUGGAAAAAGUAGCUGUCAUUGAUCGAUGUGGUGAAUACCGUAAUGUCCCGUUGCUGGGAAUUAAAGGGGGAAUAACCUACAAUCCUUGUUUGGCUUUACGACAAUUUGGACGCGCUCGGAGAGACGGUCCCCAUGAGAUGCUUCUUACAGAUAUUGUCUUUGACUACAAGGGGGACGUGGAUGAGCAUUGCCGAAGGUUUAUACGAGCCUGGGGCAUGGUGAACGGGUCUGACCCUCAAGAGCUAGGAUUAAAGACUUCUCUCCCUAUGCAACCUUAUCUCCAGUGGGUUCGAGCUCGUGCUCAAAAGCUGGGGAUGCCUUAUGAAGCUGUUUUUCCAGUGAUUGUGGAGCAUACUAAUGAAGAAGGGAUUCCUUACACAGUCCUUCAUCCCUACAUGCCUACUGAUCUUGGGGAAUUAAAGAGAUCCUGGAUUCAACUGAAGGAAGAAAGAGAUACCUACAGGGAGAAGUAUCAUGAGCAGGAGAGGAAGAUUUUGAAGCUUACGAGGCAACUUGAGAAUGAGAAGACAAUCAACGAUUAUGUCAGCAUGAAGGGAAAACGACCAUGGGACUUCUGA